AUGCUCAUUCGACGGCUACACGACAACAAUGCUAAGCUGGAUGACACGCUCGCGGACAUAGAUCAGCCCGACACACCCGCUCCUGUCUUUGCGGCUCGAGCUCUCAAAGCAGCCAUAUUUGGCACUCCUGCGCCCGCGCAAGCACAUACAAAAAACCAAUCACACAAGAAUAGACAGUCUUUAGAACUACGAAACACAGACGCCGUCUCCGGCAAGAGCUCUGCGGCAUCUGAAAUGCCAAUUAGCACACCCAGCAAGCAACCGCAAGGUAUUUUGCUCACGCCAGGUGUCGGGACGGCCCGCCGAAAACGCGUCUCCUUUGGUCGCGAUGUAGCCGCUGUGGACUCUGGGAAGAAUACCACUUCUGAUGGCUCAGCUUCGUCUCUCGCGACAUCAGGACACGAUAUUCCCGAUAUUCGAAGACCACGAACUUCCCUGACGGAGAAAUUGGAAAAGUCACGACAGCUGAAACCGAAAUCCCAAGACUACGAGUUUUAUACAAUAAACCCUAAAAAUGCAACUAAGCAGCCACAAUCAACACAGCCGGAAGAUGGCAACUGGGAGGAGGUCAUCGAGGACGAUGAUGACGACUUGGAUCGCGAUAGAGACGUGACAGUCGAUCUCAACGAACCACACUCGCGAUCCGGUAGAUACUGGAAGACCGAAUAUCAGCGCUACCACGAUGAGGCGCGUGCCGAGAUGGAGAAGCUGGUCAAAUACAAGCAGCUUGCCAAGGCAUACGCUAAGAACAAGGAUGCCGAGGCUAUGCGACUGAAAGAACGCUUGUCUGAGGAGCAGGCCAGAGUCGCCGAAAUGGAGGCCAAGGUGGGCGAGCUCACACGCCAGAUUGCCAUCAGAGUCAGCAACAGCGGCGGUUCUAUGCAGGAGGAUGCAGAGGUCAUACGCGACUUGGCAAAGCAGACUACACUAGCGGCACAAUAUCGAACACAGGUCAAGGAGCUCGAGGCUCUUGUGAAAAAGGGUUUGGACAAGGGCUCUUCGGAUCAUGCUGACGACGGUCAAGGACUACGGGCGGUAUCUCCUCGAACCAGUCAGACCCUUAUGGAAACGCAACGGCAGCUCAAGCGUGCCAGAGAUCAGGUCCAGGAGUUGGGUGGGCUGAAAACCGAACACAGAAAGCUCAAGACGGACCUACGAGCUGCUGAGAAGCGCGCACAAGAGCUGGAUAUUGCCAAGGACAGAGUCGAAGCCGAUCUAAACGCCGCCAACACCGAGAACAAGGAGUUGACUGCAAAACUGGCUUUGGUUGAAGAGCGGGCUCGUCGCAAGACGGAGGCUCUAGACAGGCUUCAGGAAGACUAUGAAAAGCUGCGGGAAGAAUCUAGACGGACCGCCAGAGAGAAUAGAGCAGCAAUACGUGCGAAGGAUGAUGAGAUCUCUCGGUUGAAGAAGCUUCUCGAGAAGAGUUCAGAUGUCCAGAUAUCAUCAGAACGAGCCAGUGAGGACCUUAACGCGCCUUAUUCGACGGAUGCACCCAAUGCGGACUGGACGGUCAACGUAACCCAACUGGGAGACGUGGAGGGUCGCUCGGAAAUUCAACGUGAAAACAGCAACAAGCGUCAAGAAACUGCCCAGGAGCCUGGUGCCGAUAUCACCAACGAUACUUCUGGCUGGACUGCGAGGCUUGAGCAGCUGGACAAGGAACUGAAGCUGGCCUCACCGAGAUACGAAGAGCCCAAAGCCAAUGUUGUUGCCAAAGUUACAGCUGUGGAUGACGCCCUCACAACGGACUCGUUACACGUUGACAAAAAUGAUUUUACGCAGAGACUUAACAUGCUAGAGCAGCAUGUUUAUCCCACGGAUACGAAACCAUCAGCCAGAGACAGUCGUGCAGCACGACGAGAUGCGACAAGGGCGACAGGGGCUGAGGAUUGUAGGCAUAUCAGUACGGUGGUUGAGGAAGAUUCUGGUUGGACCGCCGGCGAGUCUCCAAUUCGAGACCGACUCCGAUCAAGGUCACAAUCAAGACAGCGGCAUGCAGCUUCAACGCCUCCUCGGACAACAAUGGCAGCUCGACGGAAAUCAGCGUCCGCUCUGGCGGAGCGCGAGGGCAGCGAUGAUGAUAAUUUCACGUUCGACAUCAAUGACGACGACUUUACCAAGCCUCUCGGCCGCUCGAUGGACAACAUGUUGAACGAUCCCGAGGCUACACCUCGUGCGACCGCUAACGGUUCCAAACGACCAGCAGCCUCCGUUCUCGAUAGACGUGCGAGCGUAGCUGACCUCCCUGCCUCCAAGGCUCGAACGCGCAGCUACGAAAGCAAAAACAACCGACCUUCGUCAUCAUCGUCGGAUGAGGACGUAAAUAUCGACCUGCUUAGCAAUAAAUUUGCGCGGCUUGGAGCGGCCGCUAACAGCAAGCAGCCCCAACCCAUGGAUGAUAGCGUCGUCGAUGCAUGGAAGACGAUGAAUACGUCGAUGCGUAGCACUACGUCAACCCUUCCUCCCGGCAGACACGCGGCGGCAAUGGCUAGACUUGAGAAGCGGAGAGCGGAUCGAAGGAGGCGAGGUGCAACCCAGGGGUUUGAUAAGGAGAACGUGCGGCCGUGA